AAGAAGAGCUGUGAAAAUCAAACAUUCACCUGGGUUACAUAAACUCCAUUAAACUCUAGCCUGUGCCUACAGUACUUAACACGUUAGGCCCUCCCUCUCAAAUUGGGGGACCUCAGUAGAAUGGGCAAGCGUUCUAUAAACUCCAUGCUAUUUCUUCAACCAUUGCAAAUGUGUCUGACUCAUACAGCCUCCUGUUGAAACACUUUCCCUGUUUCCCAGACGCUGUCAUUGGAUUUGUUCUACUCCAGACAGGAGUGCCAUUCCUACUCCCGGUAUUUAAGACAGGCUUACUGACUGUCAAGGUUGUUCACCGGCACCGCACUGCCACCGACUCGACCAGACCUGAAAAUUGGCUUGAAUGUGUGCUCAGGACGCAACGAUGGGGAAGGACGCCGCAAGAGCAGAGUGGGACAAUCCCAUGCAAUUUGUCCUGGCGUGUGUAUCAUACGCGGUUGGACUGGGAAAUGUGUGGCGUUUUCCAUACUUGUGUCAAAUGCAUGGCGGGGGUGGGUUCCUGAUCCCAUACAUGCUCAUGCUGGUCCUGUUGGGGGUACCCCUGUUCUACAUGGAGUUAGCCAUUGGCCAGAAGAUGCGUCUGGGCAGCAUUGGAGCAUGGAGAGCUAUUAGCCCCUAUCUGGGGGGAGUGGGUAUGGCCAGUGUUGUGACCUCCAUGUACCUAUGCCUCUAUUACAACGUCAUCAAUGCAUGGAGUUUCUGGUACCUCUUUCAUUCAUUCCAGUCGAUCCUGCCAUGGGCAGAGUGCCCGGUUAACAGCAACCUGACCGGCCCUGUGGAGGAGUGUGAGCGGGCCACACCCACCCAGUACUUCUUCUACAGAGAGACCCUGGACAUCUCCGGGUCCAUCGAGGAGAACGGAGGGAUUCACAUGGGACAGGCGCUCUGCCUCCUGCUGGCCUGGAUUAUUGUCUACCUGUUCAUCAUCAAGGGGGUCAAGUCCACCGGGAAGGUGGUGUACUUCACAGCCACAUUCCCCUACCUGGUCCUCAUCAUCUACCUCAUCCGUGGGGUCACCCUUCACGGAUCCAUCAACGGUGUAAAGUACAUGUUCACGCCCAAGAUGGAACAGCUGGCUAAACCCACCACGUGGAUCAACGCGGCCACUCAGAUCUUCUUCUCUCUGGGCCUGGGCUUUGGAUCCCUCAUUGCCUUUGCCAGCUACAACCAGUACAACAACAACUUUGAGAAGCAGGCCAUCAUCGUGUCCAUGGUCAACAGCGGCACCUCCAUCUUCGCCAGUAUCGUCACCUUCUCCAUCUAUGGCUUUAAGGCCACCUUCAACUACGAGAGCUGCCUGGAGAGGGUGCGGCUGCUGCUCCUGAACACCUUUGAUCUAGCAGAGGACACCAUCAGUCUGGAGAAUGUCAACCACUGGAUCGCUGAGCUGAACAGGACACACCCAGAACAGUUUGCCAGUCUGGGAGGUAGGCUGGAGACCUGUGACCUAGAGGCUGAACUAGACACGGCUGUUGAGGGUACAGGCCUGGCCUUCAUAGUGUACAGUGAGGCCAUUAAGAACAUGCCCGUGUCUCAGCUGUGGUCUGUGCUCUACUUCAUCAUGCUGCUGCUGCUGGGCAUGGGCAGUAUGCUGGGCAACGUCAUCGCCGUCAUCACCCCCCUCAGUGACUUGAAGUUCAUCAGCCACUACAUGAGCACCAAAACACUCAAUGGUCUGGUGUGUCUAUUCUGCCUGCUGCUUGGCCUGGGCUUCACCACCCGCUCUGGGAACUACUGGUUCACCAUGUUCAACGACUAUGGAGCCACCUUCUCUCUGCUCUUCAUCGUCCUCAUUGAAGUUAUCACCGUCUGCUACAUAUAUGGCAUCAAAAGGUUUGAGAAGGAUGUAGAAGACAUGUUAGGUCAUCGUCUUAACUGCUACUGGAAGAUCAUGUUGGCAGGAGUCAGUCCCAUCCUCCUCAUUGCCCUGUUCAUCUUCUACAUCGUCAACUACAUCCAGGGAGGAACGCCCACAUACCAGGCCUGGAACAAAGAACUGGGGAAGUCUGUGGUGACGGAGUAUCCUCCCUACGCCCAAGCCUUCAUCGGCCUCCUCCUAGCCUCCUCUGUCUGCUGUAUCCCUUUGACGGCCCUCUACACCUACUGUAAGAAGAGGAACCUGGCCAGUGGGAAGAGAGAGCGCACUGUCAGCACUGUGUCAGCGUAAAGACCGACGUAUUGGUUGACAGACAGAGUGACACAAGGCAGAGCUGCUACAUUACGGCUCUGAGACUGACUGGACCCGGUAGUUAUAGGAUCGACAGCCUACCUUACGUAUCAUGGCUGUCUUAACAGAACAGUACCUCACUCUCCUGGUGCAGUGGUUCAUGCCACACCACAAACCAAAGGCCCUCUUUCUCCCCCCGGGGCAGGCUGGCUCUGCCACUGUGCUGCUGGUGGACAGACCGCCAGAUUUGUACCUAGUAUUAGGCCUAGUCGUCCUUUGACAACUAACAUUUGCUGGGUGAUAAUAACUUUUGUAUUUUGUAGCUGUGGUUCUGAGCAGGGCUUAGAACUACGUCCAAAAUAUUUCAGAAGUGAAGAACGAACAAAUACUCUUGUCAAUGGUUUAUUGCAUUGUUUAAAGGCAAAGUGCAGUAAAAAACGUGAUUUCCUGAGUUUUAUACAUAUUUCUAGGCUAUGAGGUUGGAAUAAUACUGUGAUAUUGGGAAAAUUAUUAUAAUCCCCUUUUAGUGUAAGAGCUAUUUGGUGGGAUGGAGCAUGGUAAAUUAGUUAAUAGACCAAUAAGAAAGAGAGAUCCAAACCUCUGCAUAUAACAGCUUAGUUUUCUGUUUUCUCCUCCCCACUCAGAUCUCUCCAAGACAGUCCGAGCAAACUUCUUGCCUGAGAAAUUGCUCUUUGCUAAGUAGCUAUUUUCGUUUAUUUUUGACCAUUUUAAAUGAAAACAAUCACAGUAAGGCACUUAAUUGUAACCCAUCAAUUAUUUGAUAUUGAGAUAAAAAUGGCUGUUUUGGACCUUUAAUGUUUAGCUUUCAGUCGCAGAUUUUUGAGACACAGUGUGUCAACCCUCUUUAUUUAAAGCGCCACAAAAUGUUUAAGAUAUUUUUUCCCUUAAAUGUCAUUAUGGUGAAGUAUGUUGUAUCCCAUUGGUUUACUGUAGAUAUUCUGUAGAUUACUCAAUGAGUUGUGAGAUAUGUUGAGUGCCUGGAUGUACAAGGCAGACCUCCGUCUGACUCGGACUGAAUACAGUCUGACUGGUGUCAAAUGACCAAGAACAACUUGUAGCAAUAGCUGUAUGUUUGCAAACAUACUGAUAAUUUCACAUAUAACGAACAAAUCUCUAUGACCAGGACCAAGACCAUAUCUAUACCUAUGGGCUUUGUUGUCAAUCCACCAUCAGUGACUUUUAACCAGGAUCGUACUCAGUAGGGUGUAAUGUAACAGAAUGUUCAGAUACAUAUAUAUUAUGUAGAACAUACACUAUUUUCUGUCUAAUGGAAUUGGAAAUCAUGUCAUAGAAAGCUCUACAGGAAGCAUUUCUUUCUGCAACAUUCCCAGAACGUUUCACCUCCUGAACGCGUGAAAGUAUCUGUGCUCUUCUAAAUAGAAAGUACUGUAGUGUUGCACUGCUGUUAUAGAAUCCAUAUCAACUGGACUUAGGAUACAGCCCAAUGGCUAUGCACCAAUGUGCUGUGCAUAUUCACAAACAAAAACACAAUGUAGGCCUACUCUUUUUACAGUCAAAUGUAUGGGUUUGCACAGAAACAAUUGCCAAACAUGUUGUAAUACUGUGAGCAUUUUUAAUGUGAACAAUUUGAAACAAUAACAGGGGCGCAACUUUCACUGGGGCCGGGGUGACAUGCCCCCCCACAUUCUGAAAUUGCAUUUUUGUCCCCUGCCGGUUUUGUCAUUGGAAUGUGAUACAAAAUGAGGCAACUGUGUGCUUUAGGACCAUGCAGAGGCCUCCGAGCGGUCGGGUAGGCUGUUUGAAGUGUUUAUUAUGUUGAGUACAGGUUGGUGUUAGUGUGAACCAAGUAUUGGUGUGAACAAUUAUUAUUUUAACUGUUCCAUAUGUGUGAUGUGUUCAUAUUUUAUAAGUAGUAUUUUCUAUGGUGAAAUGAUUAAAGACAUGAAGACAUUUGAA